UUCCCUUUUCUUUUGUGAGGGGAUUUUCAAUCCAUAUUAAGUUAUUAACACUUCUUUUUUUGGUUGGUAAGAAAAGGAAAAAAAUGAGAUUGGGCUGAAAACAUGAAACCAUUUGUUAGGGUCCAAAACAUCCAACGGUAGCAAAAAAAACCCAUCGCCCACCAUCUCACAGAAUACAACGAGCUCUCAUUUUUCAACAAAAUUGCAGAUUCCUUGAAAUUGCUGGGUAAUUCGUAAAGCAAUCGAUUUUUCUGCAUUCCUUAAAACCCUAGACAGGGUUUACUUCGAAAUCCCAAAUCGGGGAAAAAGUAUUCAAAUUUGAAGAUUGAGCCAGAAAGAAAUGGAGAUUGAUAAGCUAUUAUUUCCAGCUGAUAAUCCUCCAUUAUCGGUCAUUGCUGCUGCUAAAAUUUCUGGGAUUUCUCUCUCUCUUGACCCAUCUCUUCCAUCUGGUUCCGUUCCUCAGUUUCUCUUCUCGGAUGGGUCUAUGCUCCGUGGAACUUCUGUUUUACUGCGUUAUGUAGGCAGAGUUGCGACUAACCGGACUAUUUAUGGGAAGAAUCUAUUACAGACUGGACAGAUUGAUCAAAUGUUGGAUUGUGUACCCAUUCUUGAUAAAGGAUCUGAGUUUGAAUCUGGUUGCAACUAUCUGGACACCUAUUUAUCGGCUAACACUUUUUUGGUUGGCUAUGAUGUAUCAAUUGCUGACAUCGCAUUGUGGGCUGCCCUUGCUGGUACUGGCCCAAGGUGGGAAAGCUUGAUAAAGUCUAACAAGAAAUACCGAAACUUGGUUCGUUGGUACAACUCGCUAACCUCUGAAUUCAGUGCUUUGAGUGAGAUCUUGCAAGCAUAUGUUGGGAAAAAGGGCCAGGGGAAGCCCGCGAGUGCGAAAUUGAAAGACCAAGAGUCUCGAAAUGAAUCAAAGAGCACUGGUGGUGGUGAUAUCAACGAGAAGGUGAAAACAUCUAACCAGUCUGAAAUAGACCUUCCUCAUGCUGAAAUUGGGAAAGUUUGUCUAAGGUUUGCUCCAGAGCCUAGUGGGUAUCUUCACAUUGGACACUCAAAAGCAGCAUUGUUGAAUAAAUAUUUUGCUGAAAGGUAUAAAGGACGUCUGAUUGUGCGCUUUGAUGACACAAACCCAGCCAAAGAGAGUACUGAGUUUGUUGACAACAUUCUCAAGGAUAUUGAGACUUUGGGCAUUGUUUAUGAUAAGGUUACAUAUACUUCUGAUUUCUUCCCUGAGUUGAUGGAAAUGGCUGAGAAUUUGAUCCGACAGGGUAAAGCAUAUGUUGAUGAUUCACCACGUGAGCAAAUGCAGUAUGAAAGAGGGGAAGGGAUUGAAUCAAAAUGCAGGAAUAACAGUGUGGAAACGAACCUAGAGCUAUGGAAGGAAAUGAUUGCCGGAUCUGAAAGGGGUUUAAUGUGUUGCGUUAGAGGCAAGCUGGAUAUGCAGGAUCCAAACAAAUCCCUUCGUGACCCUGUUUACUACAGAUGCAAUCCAAUGCCUCACCAUCGGAUAGGGUCCAAGUAUAAGGUCUACCCUACUUAUGACUUUGCCUGUCCAUUUGUAGAUUCCGUGGAAGGAAUAACACAUGCUCUUAGGUCUAGUGAAUAUCAUGAUCGCAAUGCUCAAUAUGACUGGAUUCAAAAGGAUAUGGGACUAAGAAAAGUUCAUUUAUAUGAAUUUAGUAGACUGAAUAUGGUCUACACUCUUCUCAGCAAACGCAAGCUUCUCUGGUUUGUUCAACAUGGAAAGGUUGAUGGCUGGGAUGACCCUCGGUUUCCCACUGUGCAAGGCAUUGUCCGUAGAGGGCUCAAAAUUGAGGCUUUAAUCCAGUUCAUACUUGAACAGGGGGCUUCCAAAAAUCUCAAUCUCAUGGAAUGGGAUAAGCUGUGGUCCAUAAACAAAAAGAUCUUUGAUCCUGUGUGUGCUAGACACACUGCAGUAACAGAGGAGAGCCGUGUUAUGGUGACUCUAACUGAUGGGCCUGAGCAACCAUUUGCACGGAUCAUACCCCGUCAUAAAAAGUACGAAGGUGCUGGAGAGAAGUGCACAACGUUCACGAAGAACAUAUGGAUUGAUCAUGCCGACGCAGAGGCCAUCUCUGUCAAUGAAGAAGUGACUUUGAUGGACUGGGGGAAUGCCAUUAUUAAAGAGAUUAAGAAGGACGACGCUGGUAAAGUUACACAGUUAAUAGGGGUUCUGAAUCUCGAUGGAUCAGUCAAGACCACUAAGUUGAAGCUAACCUGGUUGCCUGAGAUAGAUGAGUUAGUUAAACUUCAGCUUGUGGAGUUUGAUUACUUAAUUACAAAGAAGAAGGCGGACGGUGAUGAGGAUUUCCUUGGUGUGUUGAAUCCUGUCACAAAGAAAGAGACUUUGGCUAUUGGAGAUGCAAACUUGAGAAAUCUGAAACACGGAGAAGUUAUUCAAUUAGAGAGGAAAGGGUACUUCAGAUGUGAUGUUCCCUUUGUGAGACGUUCAAAGCCAAUUGUUCUGUUUGCUAUCCCAGACGGGAGGCAACAAAGUGUCUUGAGGUAAUUUGUGGAAGACAUUGAAGUACAAAUCAGCAGCACUGAUAUACUUCCAUGACGCGAAGACUACUGGAUGCAGAGGACAGUUUUUACAAGGUUCUGGAGAUUUUGUUGCAUGAUUCAGGUGAAGAUUUGAUGAUCCCAAGUGAAUCAUCCCCUUUGAUUGAAGAAUGAGUACAAAAGCUAUUGAUCCUAUGAAUUUGAUCUUGUGUCCUGUAGUUCUACUCGAAAUCAUGUUUUCCAUUACUAGAAUUUUGCUGAAAUCCUUUUAUUUUCGUUCCAGAAUUUUGCUAAUAUACUGUUGUCAUGCCAUGUAGCUUAAUUUUUAACAAAAUCUUGCACGCAAUCUGAUUUUGCUUAUCGAGUCUUC